UUUUCUUUUCUUGUCAUCAUCUCUCUCUUUCUCAUCUCUCUCUUUUUCUCUCCUCUUCUUUUUCUCUUCUCUCCAUUUCACAAUGUCCAAUUCUACCCCUCCUCAUCCUCAUGGAAGCAGCAGCUCCCAUGACCCCGCCUCGUCGAAUGCAUCGGCAAGUGCCCGCAACGCUCAGGCGGCGGCAGCCUUGCGUAUGCUGCAGAACAAGCGCCCAGUCCCCAAGAUCGACUUUACGGUCCAUACCAUGGACGAUGGCACCACAGCCUCAACCCUGGAACGAUACAGCAAAGAUGUGCAGGCGCCCGCGGUAUCGGUUCCGACGGACGAGAUGUUCUUUUCGAAAGAGUUUCCGGACCGGCCCAACAUCGCGUUCCUAAAGGACCACUUUUUCCGCGAGGGAAGGCUCACGGAGGACCAGGCCAUCUAUAUUCUGCAAAAGGCCACGGACAUUAUGAAGAAGGAACCAAACAUGCUUGAUGUCGAUGCUCCUAUGACAGUAUGUGGCGACAUUCAUGGACAGUACUAUGACUUGAUGAAGCUGUUUGAGAUUGGCGGGGAUCCAGAGACGACGCGGUACUUGUUUCUGGGUGACUAUGUCGACCGUGGGUACUUUUCCAUCGAGUGUGUCCUUUAUCUUUGGUCGCUCAAGAUCUGGUACCCGGACAGCAUGUUCUUUCUGCGAGGAAACCAUGAAUGCAGGCACUUGACCGACUACUUCACAUUCAAGGCCGAAUGCAAGCACAAGUACUCGGAAAGGGUCUAUGAUGCCUGCACAGAGUCGUUUUGCGCCCUGCCCUUGGCUGCGCUUAUGAACAAGCAGUUUCUGUGCGUCCAUGGUGGACUUUCACCGGAGCUGAAUACACUGGAUGACUUCCGUAAGAUCAAUCGAUUCAGAGAACCACCGACUCAUGGACUUAUGGGCGAUUUACUGUGGGCGGAUCCGCUAGAAGAGUUUGGUCAGGAAAAGACGAACGAAUACUUUGUUCACAACCACGUCCGAGGAUGUUCAUACUUUUUCAGUUAUCACGCGGCAUGCGCGUUCCUGGAAAAGAACAAUUUGCUGUCAAUUAUUCGUGCACACGAGGCGCAGGAUGCUGGAUACCGGAUGUAUCGAAAGACAAAGACGACUGGAUUCCCGUCGGUCAUGACUAUUUUCUCAGCCCCCAACUACCUGGACGUCUAUCACAACAAAGCGGCGAUUAUCAAGUACGAAAAUAAUGUCAUGAAUAUCCGGCAAUUCAACGCGUCGCCACAUCCGUACUGGCUUCCGAACUUCAUGGACGUCUUUACAUGGUCUUUGCCCUUUGUUGGCGAAAAGAUCUCCGAUAUGCUGCUGGCGAUUCUGAACACAUGUAGUAAAGAAGAACUGGCAGAGGAUGAUCUAAUCCUCAACAUUAAGGACUCAACAGCCCUCGGCAGUGCGUCCCCAAUCUCAGCUACAGUCACGUUGUCAUCAGCAACAGUGGGCGGUAAGGGACUGCAGCAGGAUUCAGGCCCCAGCUAUGAUGCAUCAGUAGCAGCGGUGCUUGAAGAGAAGGAGGCCAGCAGGAAUCGAAUUCGACAAAAGAUCCUGGCUGUCGGGCGUAUCUCUCGCGUGUUUGCGGUCCUGAGAGAAGAAUCCGAGUCGGUUUCGGAACUCAAGGACCUGAUGGGUACGACACGGUUACCUUAUGGAUCGUUGGCGUUGGGUGCCGAGGGGUUGAGGCAGGCGAUUCAUUCGUUUGAGGACGCAAGGAAAUCGGAUAUCGAGAACGAGAGGUUGCCGCCGAGCAAGGAGGAGAGAGAGAAGGAGGAGAUGGAUAAGAGGCAGAGGGCAAUCGAUGAGGCACAGCACACACCACAGGCGAUGCUGGACAAGGUGGAGGAAAUGAAGAUGCUGGGUGAGAUGUAGAGGUUCGGAGGGAGCUCAGAUACGAUAUGUGAACCGAUCGCGUUUUUGGUACACAUGGCGCUAGGUCAAAAAAUAAAGAUCUAGGUUGCAUUGCUUAUCUUACA